UGGGUGUUGGCAAUUGGUAACUUCUAAAAGUCAUGCCGAUGGAUGUUACUGCCAUUUUACAGAUAACGUAGUUCAUGAUUGUCGCUCCGGAUGCCUCAUCUCUGUGCCAUCAGUCGUGCUUGCUCGAUGCAAGACUGGGAGGCAUGGAUGCUGUAAUUGGUUCAUACAUGGAUCAGUAAACUCUGUCAUUCUUGGUUCCACAGUGUUGGGGAUAGAUAGAUGCCAGUCAUAGAGGAAGGAGAAAAAGUUGAUCCCAGUUCGGACAAGGUGAUUCAUCCAUUUGGGUGUCCCAGAACUCAGUGCCCAGCUUGAAUUCAGCUCUCGCUGAGGUUCUUUUUUAUUCUUUUAUGUGGGUAUCCUUGAAACUUCAUCCCAGGCUUGAGCUUUAGUCCACGCAUCGAGGAAAAGCCUCUCCCGGAUUUUCAGGAUUUGCUUAUGUAGCUACCUUUAUCUAUUCGCUAGCUGGGUUUUUCAUGGUUUUCUGAUUCGAGGGGCAAGAUGGAGGUGGUGGAAAGUAGUGAGCAAGGUGUGAGGUUGGUGCAGUCGGAAACGAGGUGGGUCGAUGGUAGUGAGAUAGACUCGGAAUCCUCAAAAUGGUCAGCGGAAGAUGCCACCAUGAGGGACAGCGAGCUUGGCGGUGUCAGGAGGAGGUUGACAAAGAAGCCCAAGAGAAUUGAUUCAUUUGAUGUUGAGGCCAUGGGAAUCACCUCCUACAAUGCUCACCAUAAGAAGGAUCCCUCCUAUUGGCAUCUCAUUACGUUGGCAUUCCAAACGCUUGGUGUGGUAUAUGGUGAUAUGGGAACAAGCCCUUUGUAUGUCUUCAGCGAUGUCUUCAGUAAAGUACCGAUAAAGUCUGAAAUUGAUGUUCUAGGAGCAUUGUCUCUAGUGAUGUACACAAUUGCAAUAAUUCCUUUUGCAAAAUAUGUUUUCAUAGUUCUCAAAGCUAAUGACAACGGUGAAGGAGGCACUUUUGCAUUAUAUUCAUUGAUUUGCAGAUAUGCUAAAGUCAGUAGGCUUCCUAAUCGGCAGCCUGCAGAUGAACGUAUCUCCAGUUAUAAACUUAAGGUACCGACUCCUGAGAUGGAAAGAGCAUUGAAUAUAAAAGAGAGUUUAGAAAAAACAUCCUCCUUGAAGACUGCUUUAUUGUUGCUAGUGCUGAUGGGAACUUCCAUGAUUAUUGGGGAUGGCAUUCUGACUCCAGCAAUGUCAGUGAUGUCUGCUGUGGGUGGCCUGCAAGGUGCAGUUAAUGGCUUUGGUAAAGACGCCGUUGUGGUUGUUUCAAUUAUAAUACUCAUUGCCUUGUUCAGCAUACAAAGAUUUGGUACAAGCAAAGUGGCUUUCUUGUUUGCACCGGCAUUAGCGAUAUGGUUCUUUUAUCUGGGAUCAGCUGGACUCUACAACAUAUGCAAAUACAAUAUUGCCGUCGUUAAGGCAUUUAAUCCAUGUUACAUCUAUUAUUUCUUCAAAAGAAACAGCAGACAGGCAUGGUCAGCUCUUGGAGGCUGUGUAUUGUGCAUAACAGGUGCUGAAGCAAUGUUUGCAGACCUUGGCCACUUCUCUGUUGCUUCCAUACAGAUCGCCUUCACAUUUGUUGUGUUUCCCUGCCUUCUUUUGGCUUACAUGGGCCAAGCUGCAUAUUUAAUAGAAAACCCUACUUCAGUUGGAAGAAUAUUCUAUGAUUCUGUCCCAAAUGGUCUAUUCUGGCCAGUUUUUGUGAUAGCGACACUUGCUGCGGUAAUUGCAAGCCAGGCCAUGAUAUCAGCCACCUUUUCAUGUAUCAAACAGGCCAUGGCUCUAGGGUGUUUCCCAAGGCUGAAGAUUGUUCAUACUUCCAAGAGAUACAUGGGCCAGAUAUACAUUCCAGUAAUCAACUGGUUCCUGAUGAUUAUGUGCAUUGUUGUGGUUGCCACAUUCAGGAGUACAAAUGACAUAGCUAAUGCAUAUGGCAUUGCUGAGGUUAUCGUGAUGAUGGUUAGCACCACAUUAGUAACGGUGGUGAUGCUUCUAAUAUGGCAGAAAAAUCUGUUUCUGGCCUUAUUCUUUCCCAUUGUGUUUGGCUCGGUGGAGCUCAUCUACUUAUCUGCAGUAUUGAGCAAGAUCAAGGAGGGUGGUUGGCUACCUCUUGCAUUUGCAACUUGUUUCCUCUGUGUGAUGUUCAUUUGGAACUACGGAAGUGUGCUCAAGUAUGAAAGUGAGGUCAGGGAGAAGAUAUCAAUGGAGUUUUUGCUAGAUCUUGGCUCUACUCUUGGAACCGUUAGAGUUCCAGGAAUUGGAUUAGUGUACAAUGAGCUUGUCCAAGGUGUUCCUUCAAUUUUUGGGCAGUUUCUACUCAACCUUCCAGCUAUACACUCAACAAUUGUGUUUGUCUGCAUCAAGUAUGUACCUGUACCAGUUGUUCCUCAAGAGGAAAGGUUUCUUUUCAAAAGGGUUUGCCCAAAGGAUUACCACAUGUUUCGUUGCAUAGCAAGAUAUGGGUAUAAAGAUGUAAGGAAAGAGGAUCAUAACUCAUUUGAACAGCUUCUGAUAGAGAGCCUUGAGAAGUUUCUGAGGAAGGAGGCUUAUGAGCUGGCGCUUGAGUUUGGUGCGUCUGACUUGGAUUUUGAAAGCGAAACAGUUGUGUCAAGGAGCCGUGAAGCUCCCAGUGCGGUUGGAGAGCUUCAAAUCCCUCUAAUGGCAGAUCAAAGAGGAGGGGAGCUUGGAAUUGUGCCAUCUGAGUCGUCUUCUGAGAAUGCCAAUGGGUCAGCACUACCGACUGCUAGCAUGCCAUCAUCAGACGAGGAUCCAGCUCUGGAGUAUGAGCUUUCAGCUUUGAGGGAAGCCACGGACUCUGGGGUCACGUAUCUGCUGGCUCACGGAGAUGUCAGGGCAAGAAAGGACUCGUUGUUUGUCAAGAAACUGGUUAUCAACUACUUGUAUGCCUUCUUGAGAAAUAACUGCAGGGCUGGUGCAGCGAAUCUGAGUGUGCCACACAUGAACAUCAUAGAGGUGGCGAUGACAUACAUGGUUUGAGGUUUCAGUUGGUACAGCUCCGUUCUGCGAACAAAAUUACUAGUUACUGCAUUAGGUCUAUGUCCGUACAAGUGUAAAUCUGAUUUUUAUUUGUUAAGGCCAUAUUUGAUUCGUCAAAAGAUCCGGACAAUUAGGACAUUGAAAGAAAAAAAGGAAAUACAUAUGUUUGUGUAUAUAUAUAGAUAUAUUCAUGGCUAUUUAAGAUAUAUAAUUGGAAAUGUA